AUGGCGGCGUGCGGAAAGGGAGGAGCAGCAGCAGCAGCAGCAGCAGCAACAACAGAAGCAGCAGCAGCAACAACAACAGAAGCAGCAGCAGCAGCAGCAAACCAACAACAGCAACAAGGACGCCAUCGGAUGAUCCCGUUGAUACUACCAAAGCCGCAACAAACCCCGCAGCUAACAACGAAAACAGCAGCAACAGCAGCAGCAACAGCGCAGCAGCAGCAGCAGCAGCAGCAGCUGAAGCAGAACCUGCUGCAGCAGCAACUGCGGCAGCUCCAGAAGCUGCUGCUGCGGGAGAAGCAGACACUCUGCUGCCUGCUGCAGCACCGCUGGUUGUUGCUGCAGCAGCGACAGCAGCAGCAACAGAAACUGCAGCAGCAACAACUGCAGCAAGCGCUGCACGAUGCCCAUCAGCAACUGCUGCAGCAGUCAGCGGAUGACCUUACCAGCAGCAGCAGCAGCAACAGCAGCAGCAGCAGCAGCAGCAGCAGCUGGCCGCUUGUACAACACGCAGUAGCAGCAGCAGCAGCAGCAGCAGCAGUAGCAGCAGCGAUAAAGAUGGGGCCGUUGCAGGCACAGACACCGGGCAGCAGCGAGGCGGGUUCUGCUGCAGCUCGAAAUCCUCCUGAAAGCAACGCUGCAGCAGCAGCAGCAGAUGCUGCAGCAGCAGCAGAUGCAGCAGCAGCAGCAGCAAUAGCAGCAGGAGCUGCAGCAGAUGCUGCUGCAGCGGCAGCAGCAGAUCUGACGGAUAGAAACACCGCUGCAGCAGAAGCAGCAGCCCUAGGGAGACAGCAAGAAGUCCCUGCUGCCACAGCAGCAGCAGCAGGACUGGUAGCAGCAGCACACAUUGUUGCUGCUGCUGCUGAUGCUCCUGCUGCUGCUGCUGCUGCUGCUGAGUACGGCCAGCUGGAUAAGGCUGAGGACACCGCGAAGUCUGGCGAGACAGGCAACCCAGCAGCAGCAGCAGCAGCAGCAACAGCAGCAGCAGCAACAGCAGCAGCAGCAGCAGCAGCAGAAUCUCCAGGUCGACAGGCAAGAGAAGCAUCUGUCCAGCGAGAAGGCGGAGAUGCAGCAGCAGCAGCAGGAACAGCAGCAGCACCUGAGGGAGAAGAAGCAGCAGGAGGAGCAGCAGAAGAAGCAGCAGCUGCCCAAGGAGAAGACUCUGCAGCAGCAGCAGCAGCAGCAGCAGCAACAGAAGCAGCAGCAGAGAGCCCUUCUCUCUGGUCUCUGCUUGCUGCUGACUGGCAGCUGCUGCCUCUCAAUAGAAUUGCUUCUCUUAUAUUUGAAUCAUUUGUUUCAGGGGGACGCUCGCUGCAGCGCGCCAGCAGCAGAAACAGCAGCAACAGCAGCAACAGCAGCAACAACAGCAGCAACAGCAGCAGCAGACGAUCCUCAUUAGAACCACACGCAGACACACGCAAUCGCAGUGCAACACGCACACACGGAGACAACCAAGAUUCAUCUUCUGAGGGGACGGCGGAAUCUCCUUGCAGCUGCUGCAGCAGCUGCAGCGGCAGCAUCUGCAACAGCAGCGACAGCAGCGGGGAGAAGGGCGUUGUGCUGCAGGACCUUGCCAGCAGCAGAAGGGUGCGCAGCAGCAGCAGCAGAAGCAGCAGAAGCAGCAAGAGCCUCAGGCAACGCAGCAGACGGUCACAGCAGCGGCUGCUACGACGCUCCUCUACACGUAGAUCCUUCCGUGUUGCUGCUGCUGCUGCUGCUGCUGCUGCUGCUGAUGGAGGCGUCAGCAGGAGCAGCAGCUGCAGCAGCAGAGCCAACAGCAGCUGCACAGACGUCAGUGACCAUGAAGACGAAGCAGGAGAACAGCAGCACCACCAGCACGAGCAGCAGCAACAGCAGCAAGAAGAGCAGCAGCAGCAGCAGCAGCAGCAGCAGCACGCGGGGCGGCCAUCGCUAGAGAACUGGAUGGGGACCUUGGGCCUCGAAAACGUUCCCAUAGAAAAACUCAUCAUACCAGGCAAGACAGCAGCAGCAGCAGCAGCAGCAGCAGUAGAUAGCAGCAGCAGCAGCAGUAGAUAG